AUGAAAGCAUGGGUCUUGAGUGAUCCGCAAAAAAGGGCAAUUUACGAUCAGUAUGGUGAAGAAGGGUUGAAAGACAUGCCACUGCCUGGUUCUGGUGGCAGCAGUGGGUUCCCCGAUGGGUAUAAUCCUCAGAAUGCAGAGGACAUUUUUGCAGAAUUCUUUGGGAGUAGCCCUUUUGGACUUGGAUCAGCAGGAGCUGGUAGGUCCAUGAGGUUUCAAUCAGAUGGAGGAAUGUUUGGGGAAUUUGGCGGGAAUAACAAUAUCUUUAGAUUGUAUAGUGAUCGAAGUGGUGCUAACGUGCCAAAGAAACCACCACCAAUUGAGAGUAAAUUGCCUUGCAGCUUUGAGGCACUGUACAACGGAUCAACAAGAAAGACAAAGAUCUCUAGGACAGUGCUUGACGCUAAUGGGCGAUUAGUGCCAGAAUCAGAGAUCUUAACCAUUGAAGUGAAGCCCGGGUGGAAGAAAGGAACGAAGAUCACUUUCCCAGACAAAGGAAACGAGCCAGCAGACCUCGUAUUCGUGAUUGAGCUAAACCAACUUCCAGCUAAACAAGCUUUCAUCUGUGUUUUUUUUUGCGGUGAAUUGUUUCCAAAAACUGUAUUUGUUUUUUUUUCGAAUUUUUUUCACAUGAUGCCUUUUUGUUCACACUUGCAAUGAACACGCACUUUGCCAAUGUCGGUUUGAAAUAAAAUAAUGUGUCAAGACUAAUGAAAUAUCACUUGCGCGAAAAA